AUGCAUCCAACUCUGCCCCUCCAACGCGGCCUCCUCAAACGCUCCUCAUACUACAACCCAGACUACCGGACCGGUGCAGCCCUCCUCCGCGCCAGACGACCAUACCUCGUAAAGAACACACUCACGGGAAUCGCAAUAUUCGGGUUUGCAAUUGGAGUUUGUAUGCCUGCCUGCCUGCCCUCAGCUCACCUCGUUGCUAUUUCCUUCGAGAAUCAGCCGCUGACGGACGUGUUCGCAAUAAUAGUUUCAUUCACACUAAAAGCCGUCGGACAGGAGACCUUCGACGACGUGAUCGUGCCUUCCGAGCCCCAGACUGCGGCGCAAGCAAUACAACAUCAGAACCAGUCCCAGGCAGUCAAAGCGAAGAUUCCGACCUCACAAGUAAAUGGGAUGCGCUCCUGA